AAGGGUAAGUCUUACAUCACUGACUUUUAUUUAACUCGAUUCUCUACUCUCAUCUUGCUUUUUUCUUCCGUCAGUACCGAGAAUCAGAGACCAUCGCUACAUCAACCAGGUGUAAUUUCACAUACAACAAAAAUGGCUGAGUCUUCGCGUGAAGAAAAUGUGUACUUGGCCAAGCUGGCUGAGCAGGCUGAGCGAUACGAGGAAAUGAUUGAGUUUAUGGAGAAGGUUGCAAAGACAGUAGAUGUUGAGGAGCUGACUGUUGAGGAAAGGAAUCUUCUUUCAGUGGCCUACAAAAAUGUGAUUGGUGCAAGAAGAGCCUCAUGGAGGAUAAUCUCUUCAAUUGAGCAAAAGGAGGAGAGCCGUGGAAAUGAAGACCAUGUCAACACUAUUAAAGAAUACAGAAGCAAAAUUGAGGCUGAACUUAGCAAGAUCUGUGAUGGGAUUUUGAGCCUCCUUGAGUCCAAUUUAAUACCAUCAGCCUCAACAGCUGAGUCCAAAGUUUUUUACUUGAAGAUGAAAGGUGAUUACCAUAGGUACCUGGCUGAGUUUAAAACAGGGGCAGAGAGGAAAGAAGCCGCUGAGAACACUUUACUGGCAUACAAGUCUGCUCAGGAUAUUGCUUUGGCUGAACUGGCUCCUACUCAUCCAAUCAGGCUGGGACUUGCCCUUAACUUUUCCGUUUUCUAUUAUGAAAUUCUCAACUCACCUGAUCGUGCUUGUAAUCUUGCGAAACAGGCAUUUGAUGAAGCCAUCUCAGAGUUGGAUACACUGGGAGAGGAAUCUUACAAAGACAGUACAUUGAUCAUGCAACUUCUCCGAGACAAUCUUACCCUUUGGACUUCAGACAAUGUGGAUGAUGCUGGGGAUGAUAUCAAGGAAGCUUCAAAACCUGAGUCCGGCGAGGGGCAUCAGUGAUGAAAUAGUAGCAUAGUCUUGUAGUCUUUAUCUUAUAGGGUGGUGGAUGAUAUAGCAAGAUCGAGAAUUUAGAUCUCCAAUGGUUGUGUCACUGUUGAAAUGGUUCGAUAUAAAACAUGUCUUAGUGUGAUAAGAGUAUGUGGUCAAAGUCAGUUGCGUAGUGCUAUGAUUAGAGUUGAAUUGGUAGCGUUAGUUGCUUGUGUUGAUGACUUUGCUCGUAUUUUUUGUCUCAUUUGCAUGUUUGUGUGAUUGAAUUUGCAUUUGUUAA